AUGACUCUGCUGCUUCUUGGCUUCUGUGGGUUAAUCCUGACAAGCAGCGUCCAGGCUCAGGAUGGAUUCGAUCCUCUUGCCUACGUCGACCCGCUGAUCGGGGCCAGCAAUGGGGGCAAUGUGUUCGCCGGUGCCUCGCUGCCGUAUGGCAUGGCAAAGGCAGUUGCCGACACGGAUAGCGGCAGCAACCAGGGCGGCUUCACCAUGGACGGCUCGAGAGUGACUGGCUUCAGCCUGAUGCACGAUAGCGGUACGGGGGGCAGCCCAAGCUUGGGGAACUUUGCCCUGUUCCCAUAUACCCAUUGCCCGGAUGGCGACAUCAACCGCUGUGACUUUCCCAAGAGGACUCGCGCAGCGUUUGGGUCCUUCAAGAACAGCACUGUGUCCGCAAAGCCCGGCACUUUUGGCAUUACAUUGGACAGCGGCAUCCGCGCUGAGAUGACUACCACCCACCACGUCUCCCUGUUUCGGUUCACCUUUUCAACCGUCCAGUCCGACGGCAGUGCGGCUCAGCCUGUGGUUAUCCAGGAUCUCACUGAUCUGGCCAACUCACGGCAGGAUAAUGCCACAGUAUCUGUCGACCCAGAAUCGGGACGCAUCACUGGGAGUGCCCGCUUUCUGCCGAGCUUUGGCACCGGAAACUUCGUUCUAUAUUUCUGCACCGAUUUCAAGGGCGCAGACAUUCUUGAGGCCGGGAUAUAUGUAGACAGCCGAGCCAGUGCCGAGGUCAAAGACCUGACCAUCUCCCGGUCUAUCAACGGUUAUCCGUUGCCGGGAGGGGCCUUUGUAAGAUUCACCUCUGGGGCCGAACCAAUCCUGGUCCGUACAGCUACAAGCUUCAUCAGCGCUGCUCGAGCCUGUGAACAUGCGGAAAAGGAAAUUUCCGACUUCGACUUCGAGGCCGUUUCUGAUGCUGCUACGGAUGCUUGGCGGGAGAAGAUGAAGCCCAUCAGGGUGUCGACAAAUGGGGUCAACAGCUCACUGUUGACAAAUUUCUACAGUGGCAUAUACCGGACCAUGAUCAACCCGCAGAAUUACACAGGGGAGAACCCCCUCUGGUCCAGCAACGAGCCGUAUUUCGACUCCUUUUACUGCAUCUGGGACCAGUUCCGAUCGCAGAUCCCACUCCUGACAAUAACGGAUCCCACCGCAGUGACACAGAUGAUUCGCUCCCUCAUUGACACCUAUCGGCAUGUAGGAUGGCUCCCGGACUGCCGGAUGAGUCUAAACAAAGGGUACACACAGGGUGGAUCCAACGCCGAUGUCGUGCUGGCGGAUGCCUAUGUUAAGGGUUUAGAAGGGGGCAUCGACUGGGAUGACGGUUACGCUGCCGUGGUGAAAGAUGCCGAGGUCGAACCUUACGACUGGUGCUGCGAAGGACGCGGAGGCCUCGACAGCUGGAAAUCCCUAGGAUAUAUCCCUGUCCAAGAUUUCGACUACAAAGGCUUCGGGACCAUGACCAGGUCCAUCUCUCGGACCCUCGAAUACGCCUACAACGACUUCUGUAUCGCUCAGAUAGCCAAUGGCAUGGGAAAGUCCGGCGACAAGGAGAAAUAUCUCGAGUCCAGCGGAAACUGGCAGAAUCUCUUUAGGGCUGACCAACCUUCGGUCUGGUGGAACGGCACUGACACUGGCUUUGUCGGCUUCUUCCAGCCUCGUUAUUUAAACAAGACUUGGGGCUUUCAAAACCCCUUAAACUGCAGUAACCUGGACUCCUUUAGCGUUUGUUCCCUCCAAAACACCGGCCGAGAAACAUUCGAGAGCAGCAUCUGGGAAUAUAACUUUUUCGUCCCGCAUGACCAAGCAACCCUUCUCCACCUCCUAGGCGGCCCAGCCAACUUCACCCGGCGCUUGGACUACCUGCACGACAGCCGGAUAACCUACAUCGGCAACGAGCCGUCCUUCCUGACCGUCUUCCAGUACCACUACGCGGGGCGACCGGCCCUCUCCGCCCUACGUGCGCACUCAUACAUCCCAUCCUCGUUCCAACCGCGGCCUGACGGGCUCCCCGGCAACGACGAUAGCGGGGCCAUGGGCUCGUUCGUGGCCUUCUCCAUGAUGGGCUUGUUCCCGAACCCGGGCCAGGACGUGUACCUGAUCACGCCGCCCUUCUUCGAGAGCGUCAACAUCACGCAUCCGCUGACGGGCAAGACGGCGCGCAUCCGCAACGUCAACUUUGACCCCGGUUACGCCGCGAUCUACAUCCAGAGCGCCACUCUCGAUGGGCAGCCGUAUACCAGGAGCUGGAUCGACCACAGUUUCUUUACCGAGGGGAAGGAGCUGGUCCUGACCUUGGGCAGGAACGAAAGCCUGUGGGGUACGAGGAUUCAGGACCUGCCGCCUAGCUUGGGGAAGUACGAAGGCUUUGAUGAAACGUACAGGCUUGGGCGAAGGAUGGGUGAAUGGAAGUACAAGGGCGACUUUGGACGGUUGAGAGGUAAACAGGGAUGGUAA